CGAGCGGCGAUUGGCCGAAGGGAAGGCUGGGUCCGGAUGUGCGCUGCCGAGGGGCGGGCUGUCAAUGGGGCAGCGGCGGGGCUAGCGGGGAGCGGCGGGGCCUGGGCCGCGCCGGGCGGAGCGGAGGGAGCGGGGAGCGGGAUCUAAACCAGAGAGGCCUGAGGACACUCUGAAGACACUGAGAAGCUGCAGUCCUUUAUUUGGAAUACACGUUAUGAACCCUUUCUGGAGCAUGUCUACAGGUUCUGUGCGCAAGAGACCUGAAGCUGAAGAGAAAACUUUGAGUGGAGAGCUGCGAACCAGUCCUCUACGAGCCUCUACAAAGAAACAGUUGCCUUCUAUUCCAAAGAAUGCUGUGCCAAUAACCAAGCCUGCUUCACCUGCCACCUCGUCGCAGUCCACAAAUGGAACACAUGCUUCUUAUGGGCCUUUUUACUUGGAGUAUUCCCUCCUUGCAGAAUUUACCUUGGUUGUAAAGCAGAAAUUGCCAGGCGUCUAUGUGCAGCCAUCUUACCAAUCAGCAUUAAUGUGGUUUGGUGUAAUAUUCAUAAGACAUGGGCUCUACCAGGACGGUGUGUUUAAAUUUACUGUCAAUAUUCCUGAUAAUUACCCCGAUGGAGACUGCCCGCGCUUGGUUUUUGAUCUGCCUGUCUUCCACCCGCUAGUAGAUCCUGUAUCUGGUGAACUGGAUGUGAAAAGAGCAUUUGCAAAAUGGAGGCGAAACCAUAAUCACAUAUGGCAAGUACUAAUGUAUGCUCGCAGAGUCUUCUACAAGAUUGAUACGACGAGUCCUCUGAACCCCGAGGCUGCAGUGCUGUAUGAAAAAGAUAUCCAGCUGUUCAAAAGUAAAGUGGUGGACAGUGUCAAACUAUGCAGCAGUCAUUUAUUUGAUCAGCCCAAAAUAGAGGAUCCCUAUGCAAUCAUUUUUUCCCCGUGGAAUCCAGCUAUACAUGAUGAAGCUAGAGAGAAGAUGUUGACUCAGAAGAAGAAGCCGGAAGAUCAGCACUGCAAAAGCACACACGUGUCUGGCCUGUCCUGGGUAAAGCCUGGCUCAGUUCAGCCUUUCAGCAAAGAAGAGAAGACGAUGCCCACUUAGCUCUUCUGGACCAUGGUGCACAAAACACUUUCUGUGGGUGGAGGGAAUGUAAUGGAGGGAGAAAAGGCAACGCAGCAGUUUCCUUCUUGACUACGGAUUAGUAAAACCUGAAUGGUAGCAGUGACUCCAGUAAACCUGUUCAACGGAUUGCUAGCUCGUAAUGUUUUACAUAUGCAUUAGGUUUUAAAGGCUUGCCUGGAGUUUGGAAGUCUCUCUUGAACACUGCAGUACUUCUACCUGAAGACUGUGUAGGGUGGGUAGUUCCUCAGGGCUUUGAAAUGCCUGGAGGUUUUGGGUUGGUUUUUAAGCUUUUAUUUUUUUCCCUCCAGGAAAAGCAAUUUUUUUUAAAAAAAAAGAUCUUAAAUUACUGGCAGAAAUAUUAGCAUUGGAAAUAUGAUGCCAGAGGUAAGCUGUGUUCAUGUAAACUAAUAUAGCAGAAUUAAACACUAUAUUUAAUGGUUUUAAAUACUUUUGGUUUCUAUUGUAAAUACAUUAGGAUUUGAAAUUGUAAAUAGACGGUUGACUCCAUUUAGCACUUUCCAGAGGUAAAACUGGGGAUGAUGUAUGAUGUAUUAUUGAUUUGUAAAUGGAUAUUGUCACUAAAGCGCACAUUAGUCUGACGGGAUGAAAGCAGAAUGUCAGUCUUGUUAGACUUUUAUUACAUAAACACUAAAAAUCAAAGCUUUUAAUGGUGGUCUCUUGAGGUAAUAAUGUUGUAGAGGAUUUUAGAUUCCCUAGGUGUCUAGGGGAUUACUUAGGGUAGCCUGACUAAUGUGUGUUAAUAGUGACAUCUCAAAAUAAAAAGAAACUGUGAUCUCGC